AUGCUUUUGAAGUUGAAGCUGCCGCCCGUUGAGCCACUGGCAAGACUUCGGUCUCACAGUGUGCUUGUUCAGAGAUGGCUGAUCCUAACAACUGAUGCAUGUGCGGCUUGGUUCAAUGAGUGGCCGGACUCAAAUUUUGUGUAUGGGCUUUCUGCCUGUCGCAAUCUUGCGAUGGCGCACUUCAGUGACUGUGGCAAGCAUUGCUCCCAUGCAUACUGCAAUCAGCAGGACUUGCUCCCUUUCGAGUGCGACGCCUGUGGCAAAGCCUACUGCUCACAGCAUUUCAGCUAUGCAGCGCAUGAUUGCCCCAAGGGGCGAGCGGCCACAGACCGUCGUGUGAUCGUGUGCCCACUUUGCGCUGCGUCAGUUCCUUUGGCACAUGGCGAGGACGAGAACGAGGUUUGGGAAAGGCAUGCCACCAGCGGAAACUGCAUUCCCAAAGAGGCAGCCAAGCCGAAUCGGUGCCCGGUCAAGGGUUGCAAAGAGAAGCUAACCUUCUCAAACUCGUGUAACUGCGGCACCUGCGGCGUGAAAGUAUGCUUGAAGCAUCGUUUCGAAGAUCAGCAUGACUGCCGCCCUCGCCCAACCCCGAAGCGGAAUGGCAACGACCUGCUGCGGCAGUUCGCACAGCUUGUGAAAGUGAGCUGA